CAAAGAUACAUAGAAAGACGCGUUUCAGAAACACAUGUGAUUUCCAUUUUGUUCCACCCGUAUAAUAUCAAACUGUAAAGACUACUUGUGUGGAGAACUUCAAAGAAGACAUGUCGGCGACAGAAGGUGCAGUCGAAGACGUCCUCCUUCAAUGGGAGCAAAGCAUCGGACUCAAGCGAAAUAGUUACGACAAUGCGCGGAGCGGAAAAACCACGCUUAUGCUAAGUACUAUGUAUUUGCUGCAACAUCUAGAUCUACUCGCUCCGUGUAAGUUGCUUUGCACUACAGAACUUGUUGUCUUCCAAGCACUUGCAAUAACUAAGGGUCUGCAUACGUUUAGGAUUUCAACGAACUACUUUCGAAUUGGGCCCGCUCUUGUUCCGGAAGUGCGCCUGCACUGGAUCAUCUUGAUCUUCAAAAUCUGUUCAAGACUUCUUGUGCAUCCAACCUAUAAAACAAAACAGAGAAUCUUCUCGCGUCGCAAACGCAAAGGGACUUAUUGGAUUUAUUCGCGACGCGUCAAUUUGUCCCUGGCCGCAGCUUCGAUUUCUUCUACCUACCCAUGGAUUUUCGCUCAAGGUUAGUUGUGAGAUACUACAUUUCUCCCUUUAGAAAAUAAGUAGAUGUUGAAGUGCAUGACCAACAAUAGCACUAGGAAUUGACUCAACAGGAAACCAAACGUCUCUGAUGUUUGUCUAUUCUGCCAUCUAACUAAGUGUCGUUUUCUAAAUCAUCCGUUUCUGAUUGACAUUCAGGUCCAACUACGGCUAUUGCUUCAUCAACUUUGUGACCGUAUCGGAGUCUCGUCGCUUCUACGCUACGUUCAACCAGUACUUCUUCUAGGAUUUUUAUUUCUUACUUAACUGCACCUACCUUCUGGUUCAGCUUCUGUCCUCACGCUUCUAGUCGUAAAAGUCAUGGCCCCUCAAUCAGUUGCAUCUUCAUCUUCAGGUACUUAAAUCAGUGAGCAGCUCGAGCUUCGAUUUCAUGUCCAGAGACACUAGUAACACUCUCAAGUUUCAAAAAAAUCAUCGAAGCAUCAUCCUUCAUCCCACCAGGGCGAGCCUUCCGGUCAGUGCACCCCGCAAAGUCUGCGAAGUCACUUAUGCUCGAGUCCAGGGGAGGAAGAACAACAUUGAGCAAUUCCGCAACAGCCCGAUCAAUUCGGUAUAGCCUUUGUUAGUAUGUUGUUGACAAAAGAAGACGCAGAAUUUGCCUCGUGAACAGAAAUUAGACUGCUGAUGGAGAAUUGUACUUUCUUAUCAAAAACCCAACAGAUUCCUGCUGAGAUUUCGCACUACCGGCCGAUUAUAUUUGACACGCGUGGCAAUAUCUUGCCGUUUCCGGAGCCCGAUCAGCCCUUACCAGCAUUGCAAUUGCGUGACGCACGAAAGAAGACGUUUGCCCCUGGCGGAGUGGAUCCGCUAGACGGCGCCAACGGAUGUAGUCAGCACCUGGAGAACCCUUUUGUGCAGCAGCAUUUCGGAGCGAUGUCGUGCGAAGCAGGUGGAUCGCAUGACGCUACUUCUUGCGCAUCGGCUGCUGGUGCAAUGCAUCAUCAACAUCAAUCCCCUUCGACACUUUUGCCUCCCUGCAGCGGCUUGGACCACUUCCAUUUCAUGGACCAGCAGGCAUUGACGCACUCGAUGGCGACGGUCUCCACGCUGGCUGCGUCGCCUGACACUAUUGCGGCCUCGCCUGCGACUACUGACGGUUCUGCGAACAGCGGUCUCUUGCCGCCGACGACUUUGUCAGGAGCCAACACUUCUUUCCUGAAUCAUGCAUCCGGUGCAACUUCUGGCGCUGUUCAACAAAAUUCGAAUUCCACUGCCUGUAACUCCACACAGAGUGAAGGAGCAGGUAUGAGCAACCCAGGAAUUCCCACAAACAAUGGUGCUAGAAAAGUGUUCGGCACGACUCCUAUUGACGUCGAGAAGAUCAAGAGCACCUCGGCCCCGAAAAAUACGUCUGAUGGUAAUACCAGUAAGGGAGCGCCAUCUACGCUACCGGACGAAACGCACGCCACUGGGGGAGGAGCUAUGAAGUACAACACAACUACACGAAUGUCACGGUCACUGAACGUGAAUGGCGUUGCACAUCCGCACCAGCUGAGUCCGCAGGUGUCAACGAGUGGCGCAUCUGCCAAAAGCUAUUCGAAUAGCGCAAGGGGUGGAAACGUUCGUCAGCAGCACAUGAGCUGCAAGUAUGACACGAGCGCUUCUCGUCCCGAGGCCGCGGCCUGUAGUGCAGCAGCGUGUGCAGCAACGAACUACAACAACUACAACGCUGCACCAGGAUUAUCUCCAGCAGAUGCAUCGCGAGCUGGAGGAGGUGCUGCUGCGCUUUACAACUACUAUCUGCAGAACCCUAGCGUCGCGGCAGCCGCAGCAGGUGCGCUGGCUGUUGGCGUCAAUCCGUCAAUACUGUUUAGCCCCGUUCCCGGAACAGCGGCUGCAGGUACCUACUCCUUCACAGAGGACGGAGAAGUAGAUAUUUAGAAAUAUUACCUGCUGUUGUAGCAUAUUGCUACAGUAUUUGACUUUCACGAUCAUCUCCUGCACUUGUAACACGAGAAGUCUAUGUCUAGGGAAGUUCUGCUGUCGUGAUAUCUGUUCUUGUUGGCUGACUACUCAUUAAUUUCCCAAAGAUAUUACUCGUACUUCUAUUGAUUUUUUUCGGCAUACCAGGUCAAACGACGGCUUCCAGCAACUCUUGGCAGUAUCACGAUCUUCGAGACGCUCACUACUUCACAAACGCAACCUCGGCAUGGGAUGCGUCAGGUACAAUGAUAAUCUAGACGCUUGUAGAUUCCUCGAAUAAGAUCCAAUACAACUGCUACUGCUCCUCAUUGUCCGAAACAGUAGGAGACACAAUCACUCAUAAAAAGCAAGAGGUAUAGAUCUGCGCGACUGCAUCGUAAGAAGAUAUGCUCUUUUCUCCAUCACCACUUCCACUAGGUUCUUACCUGGCUGGCACACCAGGAGCGACGUAUUAUCCCCAUACAGGGUACGCAGACGCACCGUUUUGGUGAGGCAAAACGGAUGUGUCUUCACGUUGCUGAUCAUGUUUCCAAGAACGAGAACGCAUUUUUAAGACACAACCACUAGCACUAACCAAGUUUAAGAGGAUCCACUUUUGCUGGAAACUCCUCGUCGUUGAAAAUUUAGAAGUUUCAUACGUAGAGUUUUUGGCCUCGAUCGGGAUCGCGCAUCCGCAUUCGUGAAGGAAAGCCACUAUGUGUGGUAGCUAGGUUUUGUUAAUUUCUGUAACCAUAUAUUUUUUUCAAUGAAUGUAGGAUUUUAACUUUAUAAGUAGGCUCGGCGGGCGCGGGCGGGGCCGAGGGGUGAAGUUUCUAUUCGAGGAGUUACCUCCUUGGAUGGUUUGGCUUUGGGAACGAUUAAGUAUAAGUAAGAAAAAGCGUACUAAAUAGUUUAACACACGGCUAUUUCUAUUUUGCGACAUACUCCAGACGCAUAGGCUCGCUAGAAGCGCGGCGUAAUAAUUACGUAGAUAGUUCGUUGUUACCAAUAUCGGUUGUAAUUUAGUGGCAGUAAUAGUUAAAAGAGACCAGUAUAGACGGAUAUCAUUCGUUGAACAGUUUCAAAGACUUUUUUUUACUCAUAAUGCGUCGUACUGAGUUUCUCGGAGGAGCAAAGAUUCUGCUUGAUAUUUUCAAAUACUUUUUAAUCGUGAAAGAGCAGUAUAUCAAUUUCCGUUGCCGAUAUUCCAUUAUCCACCACUAGUUCUCAGUAUCAUCUCUUCACUCUUGGUUUUUGAGUUUCAUUUAUAUUUUUUCAAUAACUAAGUUAGUAAGUCAUUGAGUUUCUUUGUAGACGUUGACGGUUCGUUGUAGUAGUAUUCCCACUCUGAAUUAGUAGUGCGUAAUCCUUCAGCUUUACCUUUUCAUAAUCGGAAAUUUCUGUCUUGCUCAGUUCUCUCGCUAGUCUUGUAUUUUUCUUGAUUUUGUGUGGCAGAAAUCUAGAGAUAAAAAAAGUUGUCGGGUGGUGAUCGUUACAAACUAGUACAGGAUAUUGAUUGUUCAAAAAGUUGAUGUUGUAUAAAGGUGCAGUUAUGAAUGAUGCUGGAGUCCUUUUUCAUUUGUUCGUCCUUCAUCAUGCUGGUAGUUGUAGAUGUAGCAGGGCGGUGAUAUAUUGUUAUGAUCAGUUGAUGAUAUUAUUGUAAGAGAAAUCACCGUUACAUAACAUACCCAGAAAAUGAACAGUGUAUGUGAGUGUAGUUGAUCUCAUAGAAGUUCCGACUAGAUUUUGGUGAAAUGAAAGUGGUCCAGGCGCCGACCAGAUUCCAGAUAUCGAACGAUUGGAGCAUUUUCGACGGGUUAACGCGAAGAAAGUGAAAAGGAUAUGCACACGUACAUUGCCUCUCAGUAAGUCUUACUAGUUCAUCAUAUUAUUUCGACUUGUUCUGCAAAAGAUAAUAUUAACAAUAGUCCAUAGAAAGUAAACAAUAAAAAUUCAGACAUGCCGCGUCUCUGUACGUACGGGGAACGGGAAUUUUUCACGGCUACAGAAGGAGUACAGGCACACAAGUAGUCCUUAAUAAAUUCGCCAUUACAAUAGAUUCGUCUUUCUCCGUAUCUUCUUGUUGUUCAGCAUAUGCGUCUUCAGAUGUUUUCCAACCUUUCUGUGGAAGUAUUUUCACGUCUUCUAAUAAUUCGACGGAUGCAUGAUCUUCAUCUGUCGUACGCUACAUUAUUUCAAAGAAAGCGUCUUCAGUGCUACCGCAAAGAUGCGUAAUUCAAAUGCCUCUGAUGUCUUCAAGGCCGGCCUCACUCACAGACUCUUUUGAAUUCAAUGGGCUCUCUUGAAUUCAAUCCAGACUGCGACUCGAUCGCUCCAACCAUACUUCAUGUUUCCGGAAGAGCUAUGCAAAGCAGAAAGCUAUUCUGACUCAAUACUGAAAACAGAUGUAGUUCUCGACAACUUCCUACAUUCAUUGAGAAUCAUACUCGUGUUCGCUGUAAGCAUUUACCAAAGAUGCUGGCUAGAAAUGACAAUGUGGUUCAGCCUUACGAGAAAACGAUCCAUCAGCGCUUCUUUCGACUCUACUCAAAGCAGG